UGACAAAUUUCAUUUCUCUAUAUUCACACCUCUCUUUAACCCUUCCCAUUCGCUCCCAAAAUCAAAACCCUAAAAACACACACACAAACACACACUUGGCGCCAAUUCCUCAUCACCAUGGACGACCUUCAAGCCACCUACAAAGACGACCAAUCAGACGACACAACACCCACCGAUCCAAUUCCACCGGAAACCGAUAUCCCAUCUGAAGAACUUUCCGACAACCCCAAUAACCCUAAAUCCCCCAAUUUCACCAAAAUCAUCUCUUCCGAAGAAGACGACGAAACCGAACCCGAACCCCCUUCGAAAAAACUCAAAAACAUUCUAGAAGUAUCCACACCCAUUCCCCCACCAAUUGUUACCAACAAGAAUUCCAAGAAAAAAAAGUAUAAUAAAUCCAAAGGAAACAAUGUUUGGACAAAACCCACUUCAAGAAAAGGCAAAAAAAGGACUAAAAGUACCACCACCGCCACUGCCCAAACCACCGAGGAUUCGGUGUUGAUUACGCCCGUAAACCGGUUUGCAGACAAAACCGAUGAUUCCGUUGAAAUGAGGAUAUGUUUGUCUAAGGUUUACAAAGCGGAAAAAGUGGAGUUAAGUGAGGAUAGGCUGUCUGCAGGGAGUUGUAAAGGGUAUAGAAUGGUCAGGGCGACACGAGGGGUAAAUGAUGGCAAUUGGUAUUUUGAGAUAAAGGUGAUGACUUUAGGCGAAACGGGGCAUACGAGGCUUGGAUGGUGUAACGAAAAAGGCGAUUUGCAGGCGCCCGUUGGGUACGAUGGGAAUAGUUAUGGGUAUAGAGAUAUUGAUGGGAGUAAAGUGCAUAAGGCUGUUAGGGAAAAGUAUGGGGAAGAAGGGUAUGGUGAAGGGGAUGUUAUCGGGUUUUAUAUUAGUUUGCCUGAUGGGAAAAAGUAUGCACCGAAACAACCACAGUUGGUUUUGUAUAAAGGGCAGAAGUAUGCUUAUGCUUCCGAUACGAAAGACGAGCCUCCUAAAGUUGUCCCAGGAAGUGAAAUAUGUUUUUUCAAAAAUGGAAUUUGUCAAGGGUCUGCUUUCAAGGAUCUCCAUGGUGGGCGUUACUACCCGGCUGCUUCAAUGUACACUCUUCCUCAUCAGAGUAACUGUGUUGUCAAAUUCAACUUUGGUCCUGAUUUUGAAGCCUUUCCGGAAGACUUUGGUGGACGUCCUAUCCCAACACCAAUGAUUGAAGUUCCAUAUCAUGGCUUUGAUGGCAGAGUUCAAAAUGGCAAUCCUUUGGGUUCCACUAGAAUGUGCCCCAUGCUGAAAGUGGUAAAAGAGAACAACUAUUGAUAUCGCUGAAGCAGACUAAGUAUCAGUUGGAUACUCUCAAUCAGUGAGAUCUUGUAUAAAAGGUACAUAGUCUUGUACCCUUCAUCAACUUCAUACUCUUGGCGAUGGACUUUGAAGGGGAUGUACCAAGUAGUUCAGUGUAGAAUAUCCCAUGUAUAAUUAAAUGUAAUGUAAUGUAAUGUAUUAAUGUUAUCUUCUGAAGAAUUUAAAAACGUAA